AUGUCGUUUGACGAUUUGAUCCAACUGGCGCCCGCCGUGGGUGUGAAUGGCGACGUUCCGCUGGACGAACUUACUCGCGAUGCCCUGUUCCAGAGGGUGCGGCAGGCAGCCGCGCAGCGGAACAUGCUGGUUGCAUCUGGCGUGCUGGAGGUGAUGGAUGCAGGACAUGGCCUGCUGCGUUCCCUGCAAUACCCGCCGGUCACCGGUGACGUCUUUGUGGGCCAGGCGCAGAUCCGGCGAUUUAACCUGAAAUCCGGCGACACCGUAACCGCCGUAGUGCGACCGCCGAAAGAGGGAGAGCGGCGCUACGGGCUAACGCGCGUUUCGACCAUCAACCUCCUUGAUCCCGAGCUGCAGAAGGCGGGCUCGCGGCGUAUUUUCGAAUCGUUGACGCCCAUAUUCCCUGACGACCAUAUCGUGCUGGAACACGAGACCGGGGGUCUGUCCUCGCGAAUGAUCGACCUGUUUGCGCCGAUCGGGUUGGGGCAACGCGGGUUGGUGGUUUCGCCGCCCAAGGCUGGCAAGACGACGGUGCUGCGCCAGAUUGCGGCGGCAAUCACGGAGAACCGGCCCGAAGUGAUCUUGAUGGUGGUGUUGAUCGGUGAGCGGCCCGAAGAGGUUACCGAAAUGCGCCGCGCCGUGCACGGCGAAGUUUUUGCAUCCACGUUCGACGAAUCGGUGGAAGAGCAAUGCCGGGUGGCCGAGCUGUCGGUGGAGCGGGCCAAGCGUAUGGUAGAGACCGGGUGCGACGUGGUUAUCCUGCUGGACAGCAUCACGCGGCUGACGCGGGCCUACAACCUGGCGCUACCCACCUCGGGGCGCACGCUGUCGGGCGGUAUUGACCCGGCGGCGCUGUACCCGGCCAAGCGGUUCAUCGGAGCGGCCCGCAACCUGGAAGAAGGCGGCUCGCUGACCAUCAUCGCGACGUGCCUGCUGGAUACCGGAAGCCGGAUGGACGAGGUGAUUUACGAAGAGUUCAAGGGCACCGGCAACAUGGAACUGCACCUGGACCGGCGGCUGGCCGACCAGCGUUACUUCCCCGCCAUCGACGUGGUGCGCAGCGGAACCCGCCGCGAGGAGUUGCUGUACGAUACGGAGGCGAUGGCGCAGGUGUGGCUGCUGAGGCGCAUGGUUACGCUGGCCUCCAGCGGCGACCAGGCCUCCAGCGGCGAUGCCACCAAGCGAGUGCUGGAACGGCUGGCCCGUACCCGCACCAACUCCGAGUUCCUGACCAACCUGACGAAGGACGCCUGA